UCCCUCCCCUUCCCUUUCCGUAACUAACGAGUCGCACACACUUCCUGACUUCAGGCCGAGUGACAUCACAUCCGGGUACAAGUCUCGGGACUGGACUCAAGAAGUAUGUUAAAGAAGCAGAGCGGCGGCGGGUGUGAACAGUGCGACGGGCUCAGUGGGCAACGAUGUAAGGUCCCCUCAGACCCCGGCGGCAGCGAGGCCCUUCAGGACUUUGUGAUCUCCCCGCAUUGCAGAGUCUGCGGGGGCCUUAUUUACGCCACUGAGAGCGAGGAGGAGAGAGAGGAGAAACGAAAGCAAAGCACUACAUUAAAGGAAGAAGGAAACCAGCUUUUUAAGAAUGGAGAAUACCCUGCUGCUGAAACUGUAUACACUCAAGCACUUCAGACGUGUCCGGCAUUUUAUUCCCAGGAUCUCGCCAUCCUUUUCUCGAACAGGGCUGCUGCUAGAAUGAGACAGAACAUGAAUGAUCUUGCAUUAGAAGACUGCUCAAAAGCAAUAGAGCUUAAUCCUGACUACAUCCGUGCAUUGCUGAGAAGAGCAGAGUUGUACGAGAAGACUGAUAAAUUAGAUGAAGCUCUGGCAGACUAUAAAUCUGUUCUGGAAAAGGAUCCAUCUGCUAAUCCAGCCAGAGAAGCCUGUAUGCGUUUACCCCGGCAGAUUGAUGAGAGAAAUGAAAAAAUGAAAGAGGAAAUGAUAGGUAAACUGAAGGAUUUGGGGAACCUAGUACUGAGGCCUUUCGGAUUAUCCACAGAAAACUUCCAAGUAAAACAAGAUUCCUCAUCUGGCUCUUACUCUAUAAACUUUGUUCAGAAUCCAAACAAUAAUGAAUGAAGCCUGGAGUGCAGACUUUUGGGAUUGUUACAUAUAAGUUUGAUGGGGAAGGAAGAGGGCAGUUCAGCAUGCAUUGUAUCUGCAUAAACUAGGCCAUGGAUCUUUUUUUGACGCAGUCCAGUGGAUGGAGUUGUAGGUAGUUCAGUACAAUCUUCAUUGCGCUUUGUAGAACGCUGCACUAUUUGAAUGCAGACACCCAAUGGGUGGGAAGAGAGUAACUCUUAGCUUCUCUUAGCCAGCACAUCUGGCAGGGGGUUGCUGGGGAGUAUUUUUCCACCAUAGGCAGUAUGAAAAUUCCCCAUCCCUGAAUAAAGCAUUUCUUUGCUUGUGACAUUGGGAAUCUUCAGUUCCCCCAAAACAAUAGAUACUCAUUAUUGUGUGGAAUUCUGCCAUACAUUCAAUUGUUAGAUCUAAAAUGUAUUAAAAAUCACUAAUUUAA